CUUUGUGGUACAAAAUAGCCCCUAGGAAACCACUUGGGGAAUGCCUACACCUACAAGUAUUCACUGUUAACUUUUGGUGUUGCAGACUAGUAUAAUUAUAACAGAUCUAGACAUUAUAGCUGUAGCUAUAUAGAUCUACCUAGCUAUAGCCAAAAUGGCAAACUUCUUACUGUCGAUGUGGGAUAACGUCGUCUCCACAGUGACUGAAGGUGUUGACUUUGCUCUCCUUCCAAUGCCAUCGCCAAAGGAGCCCCCAUUUGACCUGGAACUCUCAUAUGAUGACCACAGUGCAGCAGGUGGGCCUCCACCCAUUCACCCAAUGGGUAGCGGUCCUAGAAUGGCAGUGGAUGGUUUUGAGAGUGCAUCCGAACACACGGAUACAUCUCCUGAUGAUGAGUGUGACUACGAUGAGUGUGACUUUAAUGAGUGUGGUAUUGAGUCCGAUACAACUACACAGGGAGCCCCACCUCCUCCCCCACCCCCUGGACCACCCCCUCCCCCUAUGGUUGCCCUUGUGGAUCCACAUGUUGAGGCUAAGCAGAAAAUAUCACGACUGGUGUUACGAUUGAAGGGUGUGAGUGAUUGCAAAGAGUUAAAGAAGAAGACUGGAGAAACGGAGAGUGUGUGCUUGGAUUAUGAUGAGAUGGAUGAUAAAGGACGAGAGUGGGCUGAUUUUAAUGCAAGAGGCCACAAACUAAAGGAUGGAAAAGAAUUCAUUUCACUUGCUAAUGAAAAGAGGAUGGAAAUUGAUGAAAAACUAGAGAAACUAGCAGACAAGACUACUAGUGAUGGUGUAAUGAUGUUGAAAGACCUGAUAAAAGUCGUAGAGGUCUUGGGCACAGCUGGUGACUGGUAUCAAGGCGGAGUGACCGACUUGAGGGAGUCUCGUCCACUCUACAAGGAGUUGGAAGGUGUGAUUGAAUCAAUGGUGGAGUUCAUUACGCUGAGGGGUGAAAUGAUCGAGUUACCACGCCAGCACUAUUGUGAGGGUGAUGAACAGAAAUUGCUUCAUAAAACAAAAACUGAGUUUGAAAAAAAGGACAAACGCUGGGGGAAAAUAAUUACAUCAGGAGCCCAAUCUUGGAGAGAGAACAGAUUUCCAGUGUGUGAGAGGCUAAUCACGAGUGCCCAUGACUACAUGUGUCAACUAGUGAUCACCUUUGUAAGCAAGAGUCUGGAGGGAGCUAGCAAAGGCAAAGUGGACAUCAAAAAGGAUAAUCCCAAAACAGGCACGGCAAAGAAAAGGCUAGAAGAAGCAAUUCAGCUUCUGCAAACAGCUGCCCCUUACUUUACCAUGACACAUCCCUCCAUCUGCACUUGCGAUGAAUGCUCAAAAGAGACGUCUGAAGAUGUCACUCCCACUCAAUGUCAACCUGAGGGCCUUUUGUUUGAAUUGCUGAAGCAGACAGUAAAAAUUGCUGAGGCAUACCUUGAGCUUGGAAUCGGACAGUUUGAGGGAUACAUUCACAAAUUGGGGAAACAGAAAAUUUUUGACCAUUUUCAAUCAAUUCUUGGUCUCCUGAAGAAAAUCGAGGAUCUAAUCUCUAGUCUCCCUAGAGAUGAGGUGGACAACUGCUGUCUGGAGAAAUCAAUGUCUCCCAUUGUCAUAACUGAUCUACCUGAGUCCGAUAGUUUGAAAAAAACAAUGGAGAAGUCAUGUAAGUCUCUAUGUAGUCAUGUGCAGAGAGAGGCUACUGCCUACAAGGCGAUUACUUCUGAGAAAGACUCUGACACUAAGCAGGAGAAGACAAAAGAGUUGGUUCACUGGAUGUCGUUUUACUGCAAGUACAGCUACCGUAUGUCAGUUGCCGGUAUCUCAUUUUCUGACUCCGUCAGCAAGACUGUGCAGAUUGCAUUCUCCUUCAUUGCAGACAAUCUCCAACAAUAUGACAAAUUUGUACGUGUCCUGGACAGAAAGAGAAUCAAAUCCCACUUUGAGCGUAUCAUGAAAGUCGUAAUGUCACUGGUGGCAAACAUCCCAAUCAACGGAAGUUCGAACGUUGACAAACUUCUGAAUAUGCUACCCAACAGCGAUGUCUUGGUGGCCGCGGUGAAGAGUUCAUGUGAUAAGCUUUUGAAGCAUUAUCAGGAACAUGCACAGAAUGAAGUGAACCUCUGUCAGAGCGAUGAACAUCAGCCAGAUGUAAUAGAAAAAAGGAAAAAGGAGGUGUUCAAGUGGUUGGCGUUUGGUGGAGACUAUUUGUAUGAGAUGCUCAAGGCUCUAGGACCUGACCACACUGAUCAUCUUCUGUUGGUGUUCACAGAGUUCGAAAAGGUGGUGCUACGAGUGGAGAAGAGUUUAAAAUGACAUCGAAAAAUCGAAUUUUUUUCAUUAUAAUAAUAUAGAAAAUACAAAUAGUAAAAAAGUGUACUUUAUAUAUUUAGAAAAUACAAAUAGUAUAAAAGUGUACUUUUCUUCUAUAAAAAUUGUAAGUCCAGUUAUAAAUAUAUAACGGAGCUUCUCACAGUAUAGUGGCGAACUAACGAAUGCCCAUAACUCUUCAUGUAGGCCUCUUUGCAAAGUCAAUUGUAAGGCAUUCACAACUCAAUCAGGCAAAUACUUGCAGACAUUGGCUCAAUGCUGGGAUGCAUACUGUUGAUUUUGCGGUUGGUCAGCAUACAAGCUUGCAUGGUUGUGUGUGUGUGUGCGAUAUACAUGUAUCUUACUGACUCGAAAAUACCCUACCCCCUUUGUGCAAAACUCUUGCUUCGAAAUCAAGGGGGGGGCUUAAAUUUAAAUGAUUACCGACAUGUUAUCUAACAGGAUAGUUUCAAGGCAGAGGAGGUCGGACAUCACUUGAACUUUCACUAAUUAUGACCUUUUAAUGACAUUCCAGGCCAAAUUGCUUUUCGUUUUUGCUGACUCAGCAGUAGCGGCUAAUGUACUUCUCUGCUAGUCUCUAUUUUAGCCGCCCUCUAAAAGUUGGGCGGCCUAAUCACGAGUCUAUGUUAUAGAGGGCGACUAAUUCACGAGACAAUACUUCUGCACGGUUUCUGUCGCUAAAUCUGUUGACAGCUAGUUGUGUUUGGUGUCUAUUAUAGUUACUGGACCUAACCCUAUCAGCACAUAAUAGCCAUACUAGCUAGAUCCAGUCAUGUUCUACUGCUGAGUCAGCAAAAACGAAAAGCAAUUUGGCCUGGAAUGUCAUUAAAAGGUCAUAAUUAGUGAAAGUUCAAGUGAUGUCCGACCUCCUCUGGUUUCAAGGUACUAAAUUUUUGCAGAUUGCUCCAAACUAAACGGUUUGUUUUCGAGGAUAGACGUAUAGUCUAGAUCUAGUAGUCUGUUCGGUUUGUGACAUCUGAGCCUGCUUACCUGGAUGCCAUAGUACUGCGUUUACAGCACGGAUAGCCUCUACACAAACAGGCAGAUUUCGAUGUAGCCUCGAUUCCAGGCCGCUCUCAAUUGAGAAAGACGGCCUGGUAUACACUGUCUGCGCAUGCGUCAGUUGCCCCAAGAUUCUUGGGGAUCGAGAUAUCUUAGUAAAUUAGUCAGUAUAUUGUAUAUUUUACAAUGAUGUCAUUGCACAAAUCACAGCAGAAUAACACAGCUACUUACAACAUUUACGACCUAGACUAGUGACUAGUUUUGUUGUGAUGGCUUCUACUUCUGUUUUGCUCUUGCUUAAGCUCUCUCCAGUGUUGAAAAGUCAGAUUUUGUCUUCUUUUGUACUGUGGUAGAGUGGUAGGCGUUUUCUGUCAGUACCGACCGGCUCUGGCAAAUCUACUUGCUUCCAGACACUUGUUUGAUGCCAUCUCAGUAAGAUCAGUGCUCCUCGUAUUAGUAAAACCAGUAGGUUUUACAUAGGAUUGGCAGUGGGUUUGCCUGUGUUUAGCAAUAUUUCAAUUAUUUUGACUCAUGUUCAAACUGUUCUAUCUCUGCAGGGAAAGGCCACAUCAAGAAACUGGCUGAACAGAUAGUUUAUUUAGCCUUUUCUCUCUUUGUAUCUCUCAUUUCAUAAUCCAUAAACAUUUUAAUGAAUGAAUAUUUUUAUUUUAAAAAUUGCACUAUUUCGACGUUUCACCGCUCUUUGUCUGACUGACUAAGUAAGUAAGUAAGUGAGUAAGUAAGUAAGUAAGUAAGUUUCUUGCCCAGCAUUUACUCCAAGUACAGCCAUCUCCAGGACAUUCUGCACAGGGUUUCCAAACGACUACAACCUGGAUUACAAAGCGCUUCUUCAGAUUUGCGAUUGCUUCCACGAGGCAGAUGACCUCUCAGUCUCUAUUUCUCUUACCUAGACAAUUCCGCCAUCUUUAAUGACUCAGCAAUUGCGUUGUGGCCAAUAAUAAUAGAUAGGCGUGGCUAAUAAACUGUGCGAGAGCCUGAGGUGUUCCUUUUCUUCACACUGUUCUGCUUCAGCUCUAGCUCCCUUUCUCUGACAGGCAUGCUAUAUGCACUGGCUAGAUAUCAUGCUCUUAAAAUGGCUGUCAUUUAAUACUGAUUCGCAAAUUCAACAUAAUUAUCAAGUAAUAAAUUAUUACUCAUUAUACUAUAAUUAUUAGUCCAGAGAUAUUCGAGAAGAUAUCUGAUUAGUCCUGUCUUCUCUUCUUGUACUGCCUCUUGACGUUCCACUUAUGCAUGUCAUGAUACGUAAACUGUACUGAAAAAGUAAGGGAAUCCGACUAGAAAAACAUUUGCAAUGUGAAAAAUUGCUAGGAUUGGCCAGGGGAACCACAAAAAAGCGUGGGAACAAGAAAUCAGACGAGAGCAUAACUCCAAUCCGUUACAACGUCAUGAACAUGUACAAUACAUAGUAUUAAUAGACUGUGUUCCAGAUCCACCUAUCAGCUUCCAUCCACCACAUCAUUCCAUGCAGUCACCAGUACGGUCCGUGCAUGUUACUACGCAUGGAUGGACUGUGUGUACCUGUGCUCAACACUGCAUGUAUUAGGAACAUCAAUUCAUCACAAAUCAUCAUGAUUAUGUGCCCCACAUUCUAAAAUGGAUGUAUAAUAAAUAUAUAUAGGGAUUGGUCAUCACUCCACCAGUAAAAAUUGCGUGGCAUAUUGGCUGGGAAAACAUGGGAAAACUACCAGUAUACAUGUGAUUGACGUUGUAACGGAUUGGAGUUAUGCUCUCGUCUGAUUUCUUGUUCCCACGCUUUUUUGUGGUUCCCCUGGCCAAUCCUAGCAAUUUUUCACAUUGCAAAUGUUUUUCUAGUCGGUGAGCCUAGAGUUGUGAUGGCGAUUUCUCUCUCUUGACACUAAAUAGUUUAAUCAACCACGUGGGUGAUCAUAGUACAAAAGGUUAAUUGAUAAAUUACAAAGAGUUUUACUAACAAAUUUACUAUUGAAUCCACCCACGCGCAAACAAUGCCCUCUGGUGAGAGGGAUCUAGGCUAAUUUCGAUGUUAAAGCUUUGUUGUCACUAUAAGCGACUUUUAUUAGAGGUAGAUUGACAUAAUCAUUUGCAGCUGAAAUGAUCCUUUACCGGUCUCUAUUAAAAGUAGAAUUGUAGUUUGUAUAACUUAACACUCCUUUGGUUUAUUUAUUCGAUUGCCUCACACGAGAUCAACUUUCAUGAGAUCAACUCCCACGAGAUCAAUUCUUACCAGAUCAACUUUGCAUGAGGUCAACUCUCAGUAGAUCAACUCUCAUAGAGUCCACUUUUCAUAGAGUCAACUCAACUCCUGAAAUCAACUGAGAUCAACUCCAAUUUUAAAAUUCAGAAAUUAACUAUUUUUAUAGGUGUUGUUGACCUUUCUUUUAUAGCUAAUUACUAUAGUACAUGUGCUAAAUAUUUUGUGCCAAAGGUUGACAGGUUUUGACAGGUUUUGACAGGUGAUAAAAGGGCCACUAGAACUAGCAUGCACUCAUUUGCAACAUGAUGGCUCAACUCGUCAAGACAAACCGAGGACGAAAGAACCUUCAAUUUGAGGGGUAUAUUUAUACAAAAAUAAGAGAUGGAACCGAUUUUCAAUUCUGGAGGUGCAAAAACCACAAGGCUGGUUGCCCAGCAAGAGCCACUUCAGAGGGUUUGAGUGUGGUUGUAAGGAAUGAACAUGAUCACCCACCCAAUCCAGCUGAGAUCACCACUCAAGUUGCCAUUGCGGGAAUGAGGAAGAGGGCCAGAGAUGAAAGUACCUCCAUAAAUGUGAUAUACGAUGAUCAACUGGACGUAAUUAGCCAAGAACAGAACUCUGCUGAUGUGCUGGCACAACUGCCUAGCCUUGAGUCUAUCAGGUCCUCUCUGUACCGAGCUAGACACGAAGACACUCCCAUCCUUCUGACCCUCAGAAGAGAUGUCAGCCUCUCUACCAGAUUCUCAAACACUCGAAGUGGGGAAGACUUCCUCCUGGUUGACGAUGGAGAUGAUGACAAGAUCAUGAUCUUUGCCACUGAAGAGAACCUCAGACUCCUGUCUGAUGCAGAGGCCUUUUACAUUGAUGGCACAUUCUCAACAUGCCCUUCACUGUUCUACCAGGUGUUUACAAUCCAUAUUCUGCUCUAUGGCCAUACAUUUCCAAUGGUAUAUUGCCUUUUGCCUAACAAACAGAGACAGACAUAUAACAGAGUGUUCAUGCCACUCAAAGAUGCUGCUCUAGUUAAAGUUCCCGGUAUCAGUUUUGAUGUUGAAGUAGUUGUGAGUGAUUUUGAGCUGGCCAUGGUUCAGGCUUCUACAAUGAGCUUUCCGAACUCAUAUCAUCGUGGCUGUUAUUAUCACUUCAUGCAAGCGAUUUGGAGAAAGGUUCAAGCCCUGGGGCUAGCCACAGAAUACCGUCGCCCCAAUGGGGAGUUGAAGGAAUUCGUACAAUUGAUGGCAUCUGUGGCAUUUUGUCCACUGACAUUUGUUAGAACAGCCUGGCUUUCCAUCCAACAGGAUACUCCGAACAUCCCAAGAGUUGACGAGCUAGUGGAUUAUUUCACUACCACCUGGAUCAAUGGAAACUUUCCACCAAUUCACUGGAACUACUUUAAUCAACAUCAGCCUAGAACCAAUAACCAUGUUGAGGGAUGGCAUUCUGGAAUGAAAAAGUUAUAGGCAACCCUCACCCAAACAUCUUCAAAUGGAUUGAACACAUGCAGAGAGAGGAGGCAGUGACCAAAGCAAAGAUUCAGAGCUACAUGUUUGGAGCUACUGCUCGGCCACAGAGACGCCGAAUGAAAGAGAAGGAAAAGAGGAUUCAGACACUGUUUGACCGAUUUAACACAGGAGGCAUGACUCUUAAUGUAUAUUUAUCAGCCAUCAAGCAUCUUACUGGACUCUAAUCUAAUUUUUUUUUAUUCACUUUUGUAAUUCUAAUUUCACUUUCAAAUUGUAAUCGAGUUGAUCCCAUGAAGUUGAUCAUAUGAAAAGUUGAUUCUAUGAGAGUUGA